CUAUGGCUGGAUCUACAAACGGAAACGGAUUGCGUGGCAAAUUGAACAAGGUUGUUUUGGCCUAUAGUGGUGGUUUAGACACAUCAGUCAUCGUCCCAUGGCUCAGGGAGAACUACGGUUGUGAAGUUGUUUGCUUCACUGCUGAUGUGGGUCAAGUAAAAUUGGAUGGUCUGGAACAGAAGGCCAAGGCCAGUGGGGCAUGUCAGUUAGUAGUGAAGGAUUUACAGGAGGAGUUUGUAAAAGACUAUAUUUUCCCUUGCUUGCGGGCUGGUGCAAUCUAUGAGAGGAAAUACUUGCUGGGAACAUCAAUGGCUCGUCCUGUUAUUGCUAAGGCCAUGGUGGAUGUUGCCAAAGCUGUUGGAGCUGAUGCUGUGGCUCAUGGAUGCACAGUGAAAGGAAAUGAUCAGGUUCGCUUUGAGCUGACAUUUUUUGCUCUUGACCCCAAACUGAACGUUGUGGUUCCUUGGAGGGAGUGGGACAUUACGGGUCGAGAAGAUGCUAUUGAAUAUGCUAAGAAGCACAAUGUGCCUGUCCCAGUGACAAAGCAAUCCAUAUACAGCCGAGAUGGAAACUUAUGGCACCUUAGUCAUGAGGGUGAUAUUUUGGAAGAUCCGGAAAAUGAGCCAAAUAAGGAUAUGUUCAUGAUGACUGUCGAUCCUGAAGAUGCACCGAAUGUACCUGAGUACAUAGAUAUUGGAAUCGUGAAAGGAAUUCCAGUUUCAGUCAAUGGGCAAGAGCUUUCACCAGCAUCGUUGCUUAAAAAGCUUAAUGAGAUUGGUGGAAAGCAUGGAAUCGGUCGUAUUGACAUGGUUGAAAACCGUCUUGUUGGUAUGAAGAGCCGUGGAGUAUAUGAAACUCCUGGAGGCACCAUCCUAUUUGCUGCUGCAAGGGAGCUGGAGUCCUUGACUUUGGAUCGAGAAACAAUACAAUUUAAAGACUCUGUAGCCCUCAAAUAUGCUGAGAUGGUCUAUGCAGGCAGGUGGUUCGACCCACUUCGUGAGUCUAUGGAUGCAUUCAUGGAGAAGAUUUCUGAGACAACAACAGGAUCAGUCACUCUGAAAUUAUUCAAAGGUUCAGUCACUGUGACUAGCCGUAAGAGUCCAUACAGUCUGUACAGGAAAGACAUAGCCUCAUUUGAGAGUGGAGAUGUGUAUGAUCAAGCUGAUGCAGCUGGGUUUAUUAAGCUGUAUGGUCUUCCCAUGAGGGUGCGGGCAAUGCUUAAGGAGGGUAUCUAG